AUGCGUUUAUCCUUCUCCUCGACGAUCCUCGCCUGGGGCCUUGUUGUCGCAGAGGAUGGCUCUCAAGGCUGGUUGCGAUAUGCCCCAAUUCCUGACCUAAGCAAUUCCAGGUUGGUGCCCUCGAACAUUGUGGCGCUGAACUCUACUACGACGAGUCCAGUGUUCACAGCAGGACAAGAACUUCGAAAAGGCAUCGAGGGUGUUUUCGGCCGACAACUCAAUGUCAGUGCAACCGCGAUGAGGAAUUCAUCGUCGAUCAUUGUCGGAACUGUGGACGCAUACACCGAUGCGUAUGGAACUUUUGAAGAUGCACAAAAUAUCGAAGAAGAUGGGUUUUACCUAAGCACGUCGUCACAUCAGGUUAUCAUUGUGGGAAGCAACGAGCGUGGAGCUCUUUAUGGCGCGUUCGAAUAUUUGUCUCGAAUAGCACAGAACAAUUUUACACAAGACUCAUUUGUGUCGAACCCUCAGGCACUUAUUCGAUGGACGAAUGAGUGGGACAACAUGGAUGGAAGUAUUGAGCGUGGUUAUGGCGGACCUUCGAUCUUCCUGAAGGGCGGAUAUGUCGUUGACAAUACUACGCGCGUCGCCGAAUAUGCCCGUCUUCUCGCAUCAGUACGUAUCAAUGGUGUUGUUGUAAACAAUGUCAACGCCAAUGCAACACUGCUCAGCCCCCGCAAUAUAGAAGGCUUGGGUAGACUCGCGGACGCAAUGCGCCCAUACGGGGUUCGACUUGGCAUUUCGCUCAACUUUGCUUCGCCAAAUGCCACUCUAGGUACCUUUGAUCCUCUGGACCCCAAGGUGGAUGCAUGGUGGGCCAAUAUCACUGAGCAAAUAUACGAGAAAGUCCCGGACAUGGCAGGUUACCUGGUCAAGGCAAAUAGCGAGGGUCAACCCGGUCCUCUGACGUACAAUCGCACGCUGGCUGACGGAGCUAACAUGUUUGCGCGAGCUUUGAAGCCUCAUGGAGGUAUCGUUAUGUUUCGUGCUUUUGUCUAUGACCAUCACAUGUCCUACGACAAUUGGACCAACGAUCGAGCUAACGCACAAUUGGAAUUCUUCCAACAUUUGGAUGGAAAGUUCGAAGAGAACGUAGUCGUACAGAUCAAGUACGGACCAAUCGACUUUCAGGUUCGAGAACCUGCGUCGCCACUGUUUGCAGCAUUGCACAACACGAGCACAGCCAUUGAGCUCCAGAUCACCCCAGAGUAUCUCGGUCAAAAUUGCCACCAUGUUUACCUCGCUCCCCUCUGGAAAGAGAUACUUGACUUUGAUCUGAGGGCCGAAAAUAAAUCAACCAUCGUAAAAGAUGUUGUGUCUGGGCAACGUUUCAAGAGACCACUGGGUGGGUAUGCAGGUGUCCCUGGAGCUGGGAUGAACAGUACAUGGCUCGGUAGCCAUAUGGCAAUGUCUAAUUUAUACGCAUACGGGAAAUUGGCGUGGGAUGCCUCACUCCGAUCUGAAGAUAUCAUCCAGGACUGGACUCGUUUGACUUUCGGAUUUGACAAAGAUGUUCUAAACACCAUCACAGACAUCUCAAUGAGAUCAUGGCCUGCCUACGAGAACUACAGUGGAAAUCUUGGUGUUCAGACUUUGACUGACAUACUCUACACGCACUUUGGACCUAAUCCUGCUUCACAGGACAAUAAUGGAUGGGGCCAGUGGUUGCGCGCUGGCAACGUGACUAUUGGCAUGGAUCGCACAAUUGAAAAUGGUACAGGCAAUGCUGGACACUACCCUCCUGAAAUUGCCGAGAUCUACAACAACAUCGAAAAUACCCCGGAUAAUCUUCUUCUGUGGUUCCAUCAUGUUCCUUAUACCCAACGGUUGAAGUCGGGCAAGACUGUCAUUCAACACUUCUACGAUGCUCACUAUGAAGGCGCCGCCACAGCCCAGGAAUUCGUCGGGCAAUGGGAAUCUUUGAAGGGCAAGCUAGAUGACGAAAGAUUCAAACACGUUCUUUUCCGACAGAUUUACCAGGCGGGUCAUUCACUGGUAUGGCGCGAUGCUAUUAAUCAGUAUUUCUACAACCUUUCAGCGAUCCCAGACGAGGCCAAUCGAGUUGGGAAUCAUCCUUACCGCAUAGAAGCUGAAAGUAUGAGCCUGGAUGGCUACAAGCCGUAUCUGGUCGAUCCAUUCGAGACUGCGUCUGGCUUCACAGCGAUCGUCACGGUUUCGAACACCACGAUAGGUACCGCCACUGCGCAUAUCCCCUUCGCGUCGGGAACGUAUACUGUUGCUGUGAAUUAUUACGAUCUUUUUGCUGGCAAAGCCAAGUACCAGCUCGACAUCGGUAAUCGUACAGUGGGCCAAUGGACUGGUGAUCUUGAGGAUAAAUUAGGUCAUGAGCCAUCGAGGUACCUUGACGGCCAUACAGCAUCGCGCAUCACAUUCAGAAAUGUCAGUGUUCAGCAAGGCGACAUGGUGCGAAUCAUAGGACAACCAAAUGGUCUUGAAGCUGCACCUAUCGAUUACAUUUCGUUUUUACCUCCAGGAAUCGUUGACUGA